CCUUGCCACGUCUCAGGGGCCCUCUGGGGAGGCCUGGCUUUGUCAUCUUGCUAUACAGUUUCUCUUCUCUUUUCCUGCCCAAGCUCCACCUCCUAGAAUUUAACUUUCGUUUUCCUUCAGCUGCCGCGGCAGGUCUUCUGGGUGGAGCCCGGGGUUAGUGAGUGGAUCUGAGCCCAUCUGCCCAGGCCCUCUGGUCCUUCUUCUCCACUGGGGUCUGAAGAAUAUUGAGCGGUUGGUGGAAAGCAGAGUUGGGGAGACUCCGGAGGAAAACUUGGGGACGUGUGAGCAAGAGAAUCCUAGAAGUUGGGACGAGCAGGAGCCCGCUGCCAUGGCUUCAGGCAUCCUGGAGAAGAUACUGGAGGAGGUGACCUGCCCCAUUUGCCUGGAGCUUCUCCAAGAACCUCUGAGCCUUGACUGUGGCCACAGCUUCUGCCAAGACUGCCUGACUGUAAACAGCAAGAAGUCCAUGAUGGGCCUGGAAGGGAAGAGCAACUGCCCUGUGUGCAGAGUCAGUUACCAGCUUGGGAACCUGCGACUUAAUAAGCAUGUGGCCAACAUAGUGGAGAGGCUUAGGAAGGUCUCGUUGAGCCCAGAGGUGGAGCAGAAGAGAAAUCUCUGUGUGCACCAUGAAGAGAAACUCGUGCUCUUCUGUAAGGAGGAUGGGAAGGUCAUUUGCUGGAUCUGCGAGCGAUCUCAACAGCACCGUGAUCACCAGACCGUCCUCGUGGAGGAGGCUGCCCAGGAGUACCAGAAGAAACUCCAGGAUGCUCUGGAGAGGCUGCAGGAGGAGCAGAAGGAAGCUGAGAAGCUGGAAGCGCAGGUCAGAGAAGAGGUCUCUACUUGGAAGAAUCAAAUACAAAGUGAGCAACAAAAUGUCCAGGCAGAGUUUAUGCAACUGAGAGGGAUCCUGGAAAACGAGGAGCUGAAGGAAAUGCAGAUGCUGAAGGACGAGGAGAGGGUUAUUCUGAGUGACCUGGCAGACUCCAAGGAUGAGCUGGCUCAGCAGACCCAGCUGGUGGGAGAGCUCAUCUCGGAGGUGGAGCGUCGUUUGCUGGGGUCCAAACUGGAGAUGCUGCAGGAUGUGAAUGACAUCUUGAAAAGGAAUGAGACUUUGACGCUGAAGAAGCCAAAAACUUUCCCCAAAGAACAAAGGAGAGUGUUUCGAGCUCCUGACCUGAGGGAGAUACUGUGUGUCUUUAACAAACUGAUGGAUGUGCGGCGUUACUGGGUUCACGUGACCCUGAAUAAUCUCAAGAUUAAAUCGGAUGUCACCAUUUCUGUGGAUAGGAGACAAGUGAGAUACGUGCGCAAAUUUGGACCCAACAGUACAUGUCCGAACGGUGAUUUUGAAGAUUGUAGUGUCCUGGGCUACCCACUAAUUUCGUCAGGGAAACAUUAUUGGGAGGUAGACGUGUCGGGGAAGAGAGCCUGGAUCUUGGGGGUGUAUGGUAGGAAACUCUCCAAUUGUUUGUUUUCUUUCAGUAAAAGUAAUCAACAUCCUUACUGGAGAUAUAAACCAAAAUAUGGCUACUGGGUUAUAUGGUUAAAUGAUGAGGGUGAAUAUAAUACUUUUGAGGAGUCUUCCUCCUCGGAUUCCCGGCCCAUAACCCUCUCUCUUGGUGUUCCUCCCCGUCGUAUUGGGGUUUUCCUGGAGUAUGAAGCCGGCACUGUCUCAUUUUUCAAUGUCACAAACCAUGGCAGUCUCAUCUAUAGAUUCUCUUCAUGUCCCUUUUCUCAGGCGACAUUUCCGUAUUUCAACCCUAUGAAAUGUCCCAUCCCCAUGAUUCUGUGCUCGUCAGGCUCUUGAGCCCUCUUGCAUCCACACCCACUUCUCAGUAAUGCCUCUUGCUGCGGGUGCUUCUUACUUGCCUGAGCUCAUCAGCGCCGUUGUCCCUUUAUCCUUGAUGCCUCCCUGUUUUCCACUGGACUGUCCUUCAUUCAUCAAUAGGGUAUAUGGUUUGCCUUGAGUCAUACUUUUCUCAAUAUCAUGUUUGCAUGAGGAGAAAAUCUUAAUCCAUCAUUUUCCAAGGGAAAAUGAGUGAUGCCUCAUAAAGAAAGAGCAGUAUUGAGGUAGCACCUCUGCCAAAUUGUUACCAUCCCAUUUCCUCUGUCCCUGUUUGGGAAGAUGACAGAAAGCUUCUCAACCACAUUUGUACAUAAUCGAAGACCCGGGAUAGGAGUCUUUCACUAAAGAUUGAGUCCUGAGCAGUGUCACAAUUUAUGUAUGCCGCCCCUCAUUCUCCAAGGAAUUAAUGAGUAAAUAUCAUAAAUAAUAUGUUCUAAGAGUGGAAGUUUUGUGUCCAGAAUAUCUAAGUUCAAGUUCUGUCUUGCUACAUGUUAGCGGUAUAACCUUGAAUAACAUUCCUAAGCAUCGUGUUUAUUUUCCUAAUGUAAUCUUGGUAUAAAAACUGCACCAUACAUGUAAUCAUGGUGAAAAUAUAAAUGCUAUUAAAUGUAAAGCAUAUAAGUGUCUCAAGUUAAUAGCAAAUAUGUGAUCUCUAUAUUGAUAACUGAAAAAUGUAACCUGUGUCAGCCUCUUAUUAAACAGGCUUGUGCUUUCAGGAGCACAAGGGUUCUUUUUACUGAAGUCUCAUUUUUCAGGUCCCAGAUAUUCCUGUGUUCCUGUCAGGUCUACUUCAGCCACCCCUGUCGUUGAAAAGCAUGUGUAUGCAUUUGCGUGAUCAUAGAAUUUUAGUACAAUUCUGAUGUUGCUAUAUACUGCCCCUUAUCAAGUAAAGUAAUUUCUGUGGGAUCCAGGAUCAAGUUAAAAAAAAAAUACAAAAUUUACCUUAUGUAGUACUGUGAAAAUUAAACAACAAAGCAUUUUCAAUAAAUCCUAUAAUUUCUACAGUCCAA